CUUGCAGCACUGCUCACGACUAGUAAAAGUGGUAACUAGAGGAGCAUGCCUAACUAGUUAUGGUGAAAAUUAUGGGAUGGAUUGUCAUGGCAACAGACCAGACGUCACAAUUUGGGCAUGUGUUCCAUUUUUGUCUUUCUUAUUUUCAGACUGGAGGACUUGGAUAGAGAAGAGUUGAAAAGGAAACAGAUUUUCCCAUACAAAAAGAGGGAAGCCAUCUUUCUUCAAAAUAUAGAAAUAAAUUGUAUUCACACAAGACACAUACAAUUAUUUUCCGGGAGGCACGAAGAGGUGAACAGUGGCAUUUUCAGGGUUAACUUUCAGAGAGGGUUUUUGGUAUGCGAUAAAGAUGCCUGGGUCGUUAAGCAAUGAAGACGAGGGACAAGACGACAUGGAUUUUGAAGACGAGAUACCAGACCCAGCCAGGCUUGACAGCAGUCUAAUGAACUUCAGGAUUGGCAGGGGCCCUUCACAAGCCAUGGAGGGAGAGCUGAGGACCGACAUUGAGGAUGAGGAGGGUGAACGCAACACUGUCCCGCUCACACCUCUGGACAGCUUCUUCUCUGAUGACGACUCCCUCAAACAACAGAAGAAGAAGAAACCUAAAAAGAUGGAGGGCAAGAUGCCCAAAGUCAAGAAGAGGAAAAAGGAGGGAGGAGGAGGUGGAGGAAUAGGAGUUGGUGACAAUGACCCGGAGGAGCAGGCCUCAGAGCGGGACGAUGACCAUCCACUGCAGCGUCCAGAGAUUGGCUCAGAGAGCGAGAGCAGCACCUAUGCCCCCGCCCCCACCACAAAGAAGAAGAAGAAGAAACCUAAGGAGAAGAAAGAGAAGAAACCCAAACGGAAGAAGAGAGAAGAGGAGGAGGAUGACGAUGAUGAUGACGAUGAUGAUGAUGAUGAUGAUGAAAAUAAUAAGGAGCCCAAGUCGUCCAGCCAGCUGAUGCAGGAGUGGGGUCUGGAAGAUGUGCAGUAUGGCUUCACAGAGGAGGACUAUACAACCCUCACCAACUACAAGGCUUUCAGCCAGUUCCUCAGGCCACUUAUUGCCAAGAAGAACCCUAAGAUCCCCAUGUCGAAGAUGAUGACAGUGUUAGGGGCCAAGUGGCGCGAGUUCAGCGCCAACAACCCCUUCAAAGGCACCUCCGCAACCGCUGUGGCUGCCGCGGUGGCUGCUGCUGUGGAAAUGGUCACUGUGGCCUCGCCCAUCUCUGUCAAAGAGAUCACUACCCUACCAAGCUCUCAGCCUGGGCCAAUCAGAAAAGCCAAAACCAAAGAUGGAAAGGGGCCUGGGGUAAGACGGAAAACAAAGACUGUAAAGGAGGUGAAGAAGAAAAGUAAAGGGAAGAAGACCAAAUCAAAGAAGAAGGCAUCCUCGAGUGAGGAGGACUUUGGACUUGAGGAGUCGGACUUUGAUGAUGUCAGCAUCCACAGUGCCUCUGUGCGCUCUGAUACCUCUGUGAAUGCCAAGAAGAAAGCCCGGAAGGGUCGGAAAAAAAGGAAAAGAGAGGAUGGGGAUGGCUAUGAGACAGACCACCAGGACUACUGUGAGGUGUGCCAGCAGGGAGGGGAGAUCAUCCUGUGUGACACCUGUCCCAAAGCCUACCACCUGGUGUGUCUGGACCCUGAGCUGGAGAAGGCCCCCGAGGGCAAGUGGAGCUGCCCCCACUGUGAGAAGGAGGGCAUCCAGUGGGAGGCCAAAGAAGAUGAUGAUGAUGAUGAUGAUGAUGAGGAGGAGGUUGCGGUUGAGGAAGAGGAUGACCACCUGGAGUUCUGCAGAGUGUGUAAAGAUGGAGGGGAGCUGCUGUGCUGUGACACCUGCCCCUCCUCCUAUCAUAUCCACUGCCUCAACCCUCCCCUGCCUGAGAUACCCAAUGGGGAGUGGCUGUGCCCACGCUGCAUGUGCCCACCUCUGAAGGGGAAGGUACAGAGGAUUCUCCACUGGACUUGGGGGGAUCCCCCCUUACCCACUGAGGUGCCCCCUGGCCCUGAUGGAGAGAUGGUGGACCCGCUGGUCAAGCCCCCCCUGAAGGGCCACCCGGAGAGGGAACUGUUUGUCAAGUGGGCUGGUCUCUCCUACUGGCACUGCUCCUGGGUCAGCGAACUACAGUUAGAGCUUUACCACGCAGUGAUGUACCGUAACUACCAGCGGAAGAACGACAUGGACGAGCCCCCUCCGUACGACUACGGCUCUGGGGAGGAGGAGCUGAACAAUGAGAAGAGGAAGAGUAAAGAUCCGCAGUACGCUGCCAUGGACGAGAGAUUCUACCGCUACGGCAUCAAGCCAGAGUGGAUGAUCAUCCACAGGAUCCUCAAUCACAGUUAUGAUAAGGAUGGAGAUGUGCACUACAUGAUCAAGUGGAGAGACUUGCCCUAUGACCAGUGCACCUGGGAGGUGGAUGACUUUGACGUCCCUGAUUAUAACAACGCCAAGCACUCCUACUGGGACCACAGGGAGCAGAUGAUUGGUGACGACCAGCGGCCCUUAGUGGUGAGAAAGGGAAAGAAGGGCAAAGAGGAGGAGAAGAGGAGGGAGAGAGAAAUCCCCCCUGACGCCCCAAUUAUAGAUCCUACCAUCAAGUUUGAACAUCAACCCUGGUACAUCAAUGCCACUGGGGGCACCCUGCACCCGUACCAGCUGGAGGGUCUGAACUGGCUACGGUUCUCAUGGGCACAGGGCACAGACACUAUCCUGGCAGACGAGAUGGGCCUGGGCAAGACUGUCCAGACCAUCGUGUUCCUCUACUCACUCUACAAGGAGGGUCACUCCAAAGGGCCAUACCUGGUCAGUGCUCCCCUGUCCACCAUCAUCAACUGGGAGAGGGAGUUUGAGAUGUGGGCCCCAGACUUCUACGUGGUCACUUACACUGGGGACAAAGACAGCCGGGCGGUCAUCAGGGAGAACGAGUUCACCUUUGAGGACAGUACAGUCAAGACAGGCCGCAAGGUCUUCCGUAUGAAGAAAGGCACUGCCAUCAAGUUCCAUGUUUUGCUGACGUCAUAUGAGCUGAUUACCAUUGAUCAGACCAUUCUGGGCUCCAUUAACUGGGCCUGUCUAGUGGUGGAUGAGGCCCACAGACUGAAGAACAACCAGUCAAAGUUUUUCAGAAUCCUCAACGGGUAUAAGAUCUACUAUAAGCUGCUACUGACUGGCACUCCUCUGCAGAACAACCUGGAGGAGCUGUUUCACCUGCUCAACUUCCUCACCCCAGAGAGAUUUAAUAACCUGGAGGGUUUUCUGGAGGAGUUUGCAGACAUCUCCAAGGAGGACCAGAUCAAGAAGCUGCAUGACCUGCUGGGCCCACACAUGCUCAGGAGACUGAAGGCUGAUGUCUUCAAGAACAUGCCUUCCAAGACCGAGCUCAUUGUACGAGUGGAGCUCAGCCCCAUGCAGAAGAAGUACUAUAAGUUCAUACUGACGCGGAACUUUGAGGCGCUCAACUGCAAGGGCGGGGGCAACCAGGUGUCCCUGCUCAACAUCAUGAUGGACCUGAAGAAGUGCUGCAACCAUCCCUAUCUGUUCCCCGUGGCAGCCAUGGAGGCACCAGUGUUACCCAAUGGCUCUUAUGAUGGGAACCAGCUGGUCAAGUCCUCAGGCAAACUCACCCUGCUCCAGAAGAUGCUGAAGAAACUCAAAGAUGAAGGACACAGAGUUCUCAUCUUCUCCCAGAUGACUAAGAUGCUGGAUCUGCUUGAGGACUUUCUGGAAUACGAGGGCUACAAAUACGAACGCAUCGAUGGAGGCAUCACUGGGGGGCUACGACAGGAGGCUAUCGACCGCUUCAAUGCACCGGGCGCUCAGCAGUUCUGCUUCCUGCUCUCCACCCGAGCUGGAGGCCUGGGCAUCAACCUAGCCACGGCAGACACCGUCAUCAUCUACGACUCAGACUGGAACCCUCACAACGAUAUCCAGGCGUUCAGCAGGGCCCACCGUAUAGGUCAGAACAAGAAGGUGAUGAUCUAUCGCUUUGUGACGCGGGCCAGCGUGGAGGAGCGCAUCACCCAGGUGGCCAAGAGGAAGAUGAUGUUGACCCACUUAGUGGUGAGGCCCGGCCUGGGCUCCAAGACCGGCUCCAUGUCCAAACAGGAGCUGGACGACAUCCUCAAAUUUGGCACUGAGGAACUCUUCAAGGACGAGAUGGAGGCGGCCGCUCGGGCCAUGGGUUCCCACCAGAAACUGUGGGACAUAAAGGAUGGAGAUGAAGGUAGUGUGAUCCACUAUGAUGACAAUGCCAUCUCCAAGCUGCUGGACCGUAGCCAGAAUGCUACGGAGGACACUGAGAUCCAGAACAUGAACGAAUACCUCAGCUCCUUCAAAGUGGCCCAGUACGUGGUCAAAGACGAGGACGCAGAGGAGGAGCCCCAGCGCGAGAUCAUUAAGCAGGAGGAGAAUGUGGAUCCAGAUUACUGGGAGAAGCUGCUGAGGCACCACUAUGAGCAGCAGCAGGAGGAUCUGGCCCGCAACCUGGGCAAAGGCAAACGCAUCCGCAAGCAGGUCAACUACAACGACACGUCUCAGGAGGACCAAGAGUGGCAGGAUGAUCUUUCAGACAAUCAUUCCGAGUACUCCGUGGGGUCCGAGGACGAGGACGAAGAUUUCGAGGAGAGGCCGGAAGGUGGGCGCAGGCACUCUCGCAGACAGCUGAAGAGUGACAGGGACAAACCUCUGCCACCCCUGCUGGCACGCGUAGGGGGCAACAUCGAGGUGCUGGGGUUCAACACCCGUCAACGGAAGGCCUUCCUCAACGCCAUCAUGCGGUGGGGCAUGCCUCCUCAGGACGCUUUCAACUCUCACUGGCUGGUCAGAGACCUGAGAGGGAAGAGUGAGAAAGAGUUCAGGGCCUAUGUGUCCCUGUUCAUGAGACAUCUUUGUGAGCCGGGGGCAGACGGGGCGGAGACCUUUGCAGACGGGGUUCCGCGAGAGGGGCUGUCCCGCCAACAUGUCCUCACCAGGAUCGGGGUUAUGUCUCUGGUUAGGAAAAAGGUCCAGGAGUUUGAGCAUGUCAAUGGAAAGUACAGCACUCCAGACUUGAUCCCACUUGGACUGGAGUUGAAGAAACUGACCGAGAGUCUGUCAUCUGACCCCAACACCCCUGUCCUUGCCAGCCCUGCAGCCACACCCCAGCCUCCUGGCACUCCUGUCCCAUCAGAGAAGACGGACUCAAUCUCAGGGCCUACUGAAGACAAGGAGACCACAGAACUAGAGUACAAGAAGCUACCAGAACUGGAGACUCAUGUAAGAACAGAGUCAUCUUCCCAGGUACAGAAGGCUCCUGACAGUGAUGAGACAGUGAAGGGCAGCACAGAGGACAAACCAGUCUCCUCAGAGGAGAGUAGUGAAAGGACAGACACACCCUCCACACUUACAGAGACAUCCACCAAUCCUAAAGAGCCUCCAUCCAAACAGACAGAGCUGUCGUCCAAUCAAAGCUCACCAAAAGCGGAGCCUUGUAGCGAGACAGAGAAGUCCUUAGAUAAAGCAGACAGUGAUGCUGCCCCAGCCAAACCUGAGGAGAAGGAACUGAAGCCAGUUGUUUCAGAUGAGCCCAAGAGCGAGGACAUGCCAGGUCCAGAGGGCCGGCUGAAUGGUGAGAAAGAAGCACAGGAGGAGACGGAGGACGUCAGGAGGGAGGUGGAGAAGAACGGCUUCAAAAUGAGGUUCAUGUUCAACAUUGCCGACGGAGGCUUCACAGAGCUACACACCCUGUGGCAGAACGAGGAGCGGGCCGCUGUGUCAUCUGGGAAGAUGUAUGACAUCUGGCACCGUCGCCACGACUACUGGCUGCUGGCUGGCAUCGUAACACAUGGCUAUGCCCGCUGGCAGGACAUUCAGAAUGACCCACGUUAUGCCAUCCUCAAUGAGCCCUUCAAGACUGAGAUGCACAAGGGGAACUAUCUGGAGAUGAAGAACAAGUUCCUGGCUCGCCGCUUUAAGCUGUUGGAGCAGGCUCUGGUGAUAGAGGAGCAGUUAAGGAGGGCAGCGUACCUGAAUAUGACCCAGGACCCCAGCCACCCGGCCAUGGCCCUGAAUACCCGCUUUGCUGAGGUGGAGUGUCUGGCUGAGUCUCACCAGCACCUGUCCAAGGAGUCUCUGGCCGGGAACAAGCCAGCCAACGCUGUGCUGCACAAAGGUCUGUCAUCUCCCAGUGUGUACACAGCAGCAGGACUAAAACACUGUCUACAAACUCAAGAUCUGGUACUGAACCAGCUGGAGGAGCUGCUGAGUGAUAUGAAGGCGGAUGUGACGCGACUUCCCAACAUGUUGUCCCGGAUCCCCCCGGUGUCUGCCCGACUGCAGAUGUCUGAGAGGAGCAUCCUCAGCCGCCUCACCAGCCGCGGCAACGAACCUCCGCCCCAACAGCCGUUCAGCCAGGGCUCAUUUGCCUGUUCCCAGAUGUACAGCACUGGUUUUGGGGGCAGCUUCCGGGGGCCUGUGGGAGGAGCCAUGGUCAACUACAGCCAGAUGCCCCUGGGACCCUACGUCAGUGGUUGGUGAGUCAAGCAGAGGAACUGUCUAUUAGGAUGUGAGAGUCAAACGACUCAGACGCCAGACUUCUGCUACCUGACACGUGGAAGGGAAGUGAUCUUAUAGAAUGCCUGGAACCGCCCUGUCUGAAGGGGAAAGUCUUGGCUACAGGAAGAGCAGCAAAAAGUGAAAGUACACAUGGUGGAUGAGCCGGUGGAGGUGCCAAUGCUCUGGAGCUGCUGUAAUGAGAAUCAUUUGUGUCUAUUCGUUGACUUUAGGCCUGGCUCUGCUCCUUCAUUCCGGGUCUUUUCCUUCUGCGUUCAUCUUUGGCCUUUUCUUUGUGCAUCGGGACUGACCUCUGCUGGAGCUGUGUGCUUUAGCUACGUACAUAUAGAAGGAAAAUAGAACUAUGAAGGCAUAAGGCUCCCAUCCUAGAAUUAUAGAGAUGAUAAGUGGGUGCUGAUACGGCAGCCAAUUCUCUGAUUAUGUUUACUACAUGUUUGUUUUUAUAGUUUUAUGGCAGAGCCUUGAGUUGGAACUUGUAAGAAUAAAAGUGACUUUAAGGAAGUACAGCUGCACUAUGCCUCAACCCCUAAAGACUGCCAUCUCCCUCCUCUGGAGGAAGUGAUCCUAGUUACAGAGCUGCAUUCGCUACUAAUAUACCAGGGUUUCUCCCUUGUAAUGUACAUAGUUCAAGAGACUGCUGUUUAUUUUGCCUUGCAUAAUCAUUGUGAAUUUAACGCAAACAUGCAUAAAACUGGAACAGGCUGGAUUAGUGCAAAAAGUGAAGAUCACAUAGAAGUUACUAGCCUAUUUCUGCAAAUGUUACGUACAUGUUUUCUUUAACAUUUGAAUGUGAUUAUUGUCUGUUAAGCCAAACCCCAGGGCCAUGAAGAGUGUGUGCUAUAAACAGAAUCUCCUCCUGUCCAUCAUAUGGUUGGGAUGUCAAGCUAAUUGUGUGAUGUACAUGGUGCUGGAUGGGAGGGAUCCUGUCGCCUUUACCAUAUACAGUUAUUGUGUUAUAGUUCCCCAAAGCCCCUCCCUCCCUCUUCCUUUGUGAGAAAUGAAAAACUAAAAAGUGCUUACGACACUACGUCACCUUUUGGCCUAGGUUUAAUGUUUUCCAUGAAAUGUGCGUUAUUGUGUGUUCUUCAUGUUAAGGUAAAGUGUUAUUUCAGAAUGUACUGCUUUAGUGCCACUAAAAUAGGGCUGCUCACUCCAUGUCCCUGAUGGCUAAUGUCCCAGAUUGUAUGCUUGAUAAUCUUAUAAGUGGGUGGAAUUCUUUCCAUUGAGAACUGAGGGCAGUGGUUGAAUCAGAUAGAUAAUUCAAUCAUCAAUAGAUUAUAAUCUUCAUAGAGUUUGAUAGCCAUCAAGGACCAAUGUUGGAUAGCCAUACAGUAAAAGUAUCAAAAGCUGUUUUUUUUUCUUGUUUUUUUAUGUUUAGUUUUAUAUGGGUUCCUUGGAAGGGAACUGUUUAUUGCAUUACGUGUUGUGAGGACUAAACCGUAUCAGAGCGACAGCAUGGAUUCACUUGACAAUACUGUUUAUUCCAACUGUCUGCUAAUGUGAUUGUCCAAAGUGAAACUACCUUUUUAUAUGUUCAAUGAGACUUCAUUUGUUCAGAUUUUUCAUGAAUGUGUGUUUUACAUUUUCUCAUUGAAAACCUUAAAGGCCCAGUGCAGUCAAAAAUGUGAUUUUCCUGUGUUUAAUUUUUUCCACACUGAGGUUGGAAUAAUA